AUGGGUAAGACACGUGGUAUGGGAGCUGGGCGCAAGCUGAAAAGGCUUAGGAUUAAUCAGAGGUGGGCAGACAAGCAGUACAAGAAGAGUCACCAAGGAAACGAGUGGAAGAAGCCUUUUGCUGGUUCUUCUCACGCUAAAGGAAUCGUCCUUGAGAAGAUUGGUAUUGAAGCUAAGCAGCCUAACUCUGCCAUUCGUAAAUGUGCUAGAGUUCAGUUGAUCAAGAACGGCAAAAAAAUUGCUGCUUUCGUCCCUAAUGAUGGAUGUUUGAACUACAUCGAAGAAAAUGAUGAAGUGUUGAUUGCUGGAUUUGGGCGUAAAGGACAUGCUGUUGGAGAUAUUCCCGGAGUUAGGUUCAAGGUGGUGAAGGUGUCUGGUGUCUCACUCUUGGCCCUUUUCAAGGAGAAGAAGGAGAAGCCUAGGUCUUAAGCUGCUCUACUGUCUUUUUAAGCUUUUUGUUAAUGGAUUUUUGAUACCCAUGUCUCUGUUCUGGUUCAAGAAUCUGGAACUUGUACCGGUGUUUGAGGUUUAAACUUGUUUUUGUUUCAUCUGUGGUGGAUUCAGUUUGCAAGUAUUCCCUUCUAUAUUGAAGCUUUCAUGAUCUC